UAAUAUGCAACAUUAAUGCCAAACAUUAAGUCCUUUAUUUUGGAUCUAAUAUUAUGUAUACCUUGCUGCAAGGACCCCGGGAUGAAUUAUGUGCAGUUCAUAUUUAUUAUUCUCCUUUUGAAUUUAGCUAGAUUAAUUCACUGACAUAUCCAUAACCAUAAUAUUUUAACUAACGUGAAAUAACCUAAAAUAAUAUGAUCCGAAAAAGGAACUAAACAAAAAGAAAGGAAGAAAGGGUCAAAGUUCAACAUAGCCAUUGCAUGCCCUGCAUUCGACGACAAUGGCUAAACAUCAUCCAGAUUUGAUCUUUUGUAGAAAACAAGCCGGUGUCGCUAUUGGAAGAUUGUGCGAGAAAUGCGAUGGAAAGUGUGUGAUCUGUGAUUCGUAUGUGAGGCCGUGCACACUGGUGCGCAUCUGUGACGAAUGCAACUACGGGUCGUACCAGGGGCGCUGUGUCAUCUGUGGAGGUCCCGGGGUGUCUGAUGCUUACUACUGCAAGGAGUGCACCAUCCAGGAGAAAGAUCGAGACGGAUGCCCCAAGAUUGUGAACCUGGGCAGCUCAAAAACGGACCUGUUUUAUGAACGGAAGAAGUAUGGCUUCAAGAAGAGGUGAAGACAGGACAGUCCAACAUGCUUUGCUUCAGUUUUGUUUUUACUUUUCUUUUUGUAAACAUGUUUUGACAAUACAAUAAAGCUUUCUUUUAUAUUA